CUCCAGAUCGCGUGUUUCAAUUUCGCCAUAUUUCCAAUAUGCGUGACAGUCAUCAGCUGAUCAUCAGCGAUGCAACGCACAGAUGCGACUGCAGUCUGCGUCCUGCUUUUCUCAUGUCCUCUAGAUAGUAAAAUUUGCUAGGGUUUUAAGCUUCUCAUGGUGACACCACUGCUGUCUUCUAGAGAUCUUACAGAGUUUCCUGGUUGGAUGUUGGUCUCCAAUUGAGCAUCUUUUUUCCAUUCAAUUAAUUAUAUUUCAUGUGAUUUGAAUAUUUGAAGUGCAAAUAAUGAAGUUCGUUUCUUGAACUCAGUUGUCCGAAUUUACAAAGAUUUACCCAAGCCGAAGCCGACGUGCGAUAGGAAGACGAAGAUAGUUCACCCAAGAGGGAAUCACAAGGUGAUGCUGUCCAUGCCGAUGCGAGAAUAAAUGAAAUAAGCGCGACGAGCGCGACACGUGCUUCACAGCACGUGGCUUUUCAGUUUUUGUAUCGCGUAUUGUCAAAUUGUUCGAGCAAUUGAAGAAAGAUGAGUAAAAUCGCAUUAAAAGAAGCGUUUGAAGUUGAAUCUAAGCAUGGGGCAUUUUACACCGGAGGAAAUGUUCAAUGGAGCACAGAUGGAGAACAUAUAUUCUGCCAAAAAUAUGGAACAGUCUCUAUAUUGUCUGUAGGUAAAGGUAUUGUAAUAUCCUCAUUAGGACAGAAUAAAGAUAAUGAAGAGGAAGACACAAUUAAUACAUUUACUGCAUCUGAUGAUGACUUACAUAUUAUCACACAUCACAAAAGUACUCUUUUUAAAUUGUGGAACUGGAAAGAUAAUAAGUUAAUGAAAUUAUGGAAAUCUAUACACAAAGGUCCUGUAGCUCGUAUUGCUCAUUCGACAGAAAGGAAUUUAAUGGCUUCUGGAGGUAGUGAUGGCACUGUCAGAUUAUGGAAUUUAGAGCAUCACGCUUGUACUCAUAAUUUAAAAGGAGCUCAAGGAGUUAUAAGUGUUUUAGUUUUUCAUCCAAACACGGAUAAAGAACUCGUGUUCGCUGCUGGUGAUGAUAUUAAAAUUCAUGGUUGGAGUAUUAAAACUGGUGCAGAAGUAGUUACUCUUUCUGGGCAUUUCAGUAAAGUUACGUCUUUGUCUUUCCUCAAGGAUGAAGAUUAUGUAGUUAGUUCAGGGAGAGACAGAGUACUGAUUUUAUGGAAUGUUUCUUCUGGAUCAUCAAUACGUGUCUUGCCAAUUUAUGAGGAAAUAGAGGAUACAUUUAUUAUACCUAAGAAUGCAUCGUUGCCAGUACCUUUUCAUAACAAAGACAGCAAUGCUGUUCACGUUGCUGCUGCAGGAGAAAAAGGAGUUGUAAGGAUUUGGGAGAUGAGAACUGGUAAAGAAGUAUAUGUACAAACAAAUUCUAUAGUAGCGGCUGCGAAGGAAGCAGGAAGUCUCUCAAUCACACAUUUACUUUACAAUAACGCCAGUAACACGUUCGCUAUAAUCACAGUCGAUCAUAAUAUAAUAAUUCAUUCGUUAGAUACAUUUGAGCACGUGAAACAGUUAGUAGGCUACAGUGACGAAAUCUUGGAUGUAGCUUAUCUGGGAGAAGGUAGCAGUCAUGUAGCAGUAGCUACUAAUAGUCCUGAUAUAAAACUAUACAAUAUUUCAACUAUGAAUUGUGAAUUAUUGUGUGGGCAUACGGACAUCGUCUUAUCUCUCGCUACAGCACGUAUUAAUGCAUACUUACUCGUGUCAUCGGCAAAGGAUAAUAGUAUUCGUAUGUGGCUUAUGGAUAAGGAAACAGCUAAAGUAUCUUGCAUCGCGUCCUCUACCAGGCAUACUGCUCCUGUUGGCUCUGUCGCAGUUUCAAGUUCGUGUAAAUUCCUCGCUUCCGUAAGCCAAGAUUCGUGCCUUAAACUAUGGGAUAUACCCGAUGAUAUUGAUUUGAACAGUGAUAUUAACUUGAACGCUAUUCAUACAACACUGGCUCAUCAGAAAGAUAUUAACUGCGUAACCAUCUCUCCGAAUGACAAAUUGAUCGCCACUGCAUCGCAAGAUAAAACGGCUAAGUUAUGGUCUGCCGAUGACUUGCAAUUACUCGGCGUAUUCCGUGGCCACCGUAGGGGAGUAUGGUGCGUUCGAUUUUCACCUGUGGAUCAAGUACUCUUGACGACAUCAGCAGACUGCACGAUGAAACUUUGGUCGCUGUCGGAACUUCAGUGUUUAAAAACACUCGAGGGUCAUGAAUCGUCUACGUUGAAAGCAGAAUUUUUAUCACGUGGGAUGCAAAUUAUAUCAGCAAGUGGUGACGGUUUAUUAAAAUUGUGGUGUAUCAAAACUUCGGAAUGUGUGUGCACUUUGGAGCAGCACGAAAGUCGGGUGUGGGCACUGGCAGUCAGUGAAAAUGAGAGACAUAUCAUCAGUGGCGGAAGCGAUUCGUUGUUACUCAUUUGGAAAGACGUAACUGAAGAGAAGAAAUUAAGAGCUGCAAACGAAUUAGAGCAGCGCGCGUUGGAAGAACAACAAUUAGCAAAUCUACUCGAGGCAGAUGAAUUAGCUGCAGCGUUGAGUUUAGCCUUGAAGUUGGAACGCCCCUUCCAAGUUCUCAAGAUUGUACAAACUAUUUUAAAAAAAGAUCAUUUGCGUCUUGAACAAGCGAUUGGUGGAUUGAAACCGCUUCGUAAAGAAGAGCUACUCAAGUGUGCUAUUACGUGGAACGCCAACAGCAAAAAUUGCCAAGUUGCUCAGGUGGUCAUUAACUCACUAAUGGUGGAAAUGGAACAUUUAGAGCUCCAAUCUAAAUUAUCUUCAACGUUGGAGUCCCUUAUACCAUAUACGGAACGACAUUUCGCGAGGAUGACUUCAUUACUACAAAACUUACAUUUAUUCACAUAUACCCUUAAUCGUAUGAAACCGCACGUCUAUAAAAAUGAUCCAAGCGCAUAGUUAAUUACUGUACAAAUUUCGUAAGUUUUUAUACUUUAUUUUAUAGCGAGUCACCUGUCUUUUAUUUAAUGUAAUGAAUGUAAAUAUGUAAUUGCUAAGUGUAGGCAUACGAUAUGCUGAUAGUAAUAAAUAAAUUUACUAUUUUUAAUUAAA